AUGCCCUGGCCGAGUCCGCUGCAGACCCGACCGCUGGGCGGUGCAGCCGGGGAGCAGCAGCUGGCGUCUCCUGGUGCUCUGCAACGCGGAACCCACCCGGGGCGCGUGGACACUCUCUGUCCCCACCGGUGCGUGCAGACAGCGAAUCUGCUGCGUCAGUGUCUUCUGCAGGAAGUGACAGAACACAACGCUGCAGGCGUCCUCGCUAAAUCCGUGGGGCCCACGCUGGCUGCGGGCUCAGCAAGGACCCCCACCCCCACCCAGGAGGCGGCUCUUCCCGACCACAGCGGGAAGUCACCCUCUCUAGACCACAGCGGGAAGUCACCCUCUCUAGACCACAGCGGGAAGUCACCCUCUCUAGACCACAGCGGGAAGUCACCCUCUCUAGAGCACAGCGGGAAGUCACCCUCUCUAGAGCACAGCGGGAAGUCACCCUCUCUAGACCACAGCGGGAAGUCACCCUCUCUAGACCACAGUGCGAAGUCACCCUCUCUAGACCACAGCAGGAAGUCACCCUCUCUAGAGCACAGUGGGAAGUCACCCUCUCUAGAGUACAGCGGGAAGUCACCCUCUCUAGACCACAGUGCGAAGUCACCCUCUCUAGACCACAGCAGGAAGUCACCCUCUCUAGACCACAGUGCGAAGUCACCCUCUCUAGACCACAGUGGGAAGUCACCCUCUCUAGAGCACAGCGGGAAGUCACCCUCUCCAGAGCACAGCGGGAAGUCACCCUCUCCAGAUCACAGUGGGAAGUCACCCUCUCCAGAGCACAGCAGGAAGUCACCCUCUCUAGAGCACAGCGGGAAGUACCGCUCUUGUGGCCUAGGAGGGCAUAGCUGCAGGUCUUGUGGAGUUUACUGA